AUUCAACUUGUCUGUCGAUGACAGAUCUAAAAAUCAAAAAAUUUUAGAUAUAUUAGAAGCAUCAGCACAAUCUGAGAAACCAAUUUAUCGUAUGACAAAAGAAGAACUUGCCCAACUUAGUAAAAAAAGAGAAUAAUGGCCACUAAGGAACAAGAUAAAAUCAGUCUUAUCUUCAAGAGGGAUAUUGAAAGGAAAGAAAAUAUAAAAAAACAAAAAGAUAUAAAAGAACUCAAUUGUGCAUCUAAUGAAAAAAUAGAUUAUUUCCAUGAAGAAUUCACAAUGAAAUGUUCAGAAAUAGAAAAUCUCUUGAGUCUUUCCUCAAAUAUUUCUCUUGGUAACUUAGCAGAACAUUUUAAUGUUAUAUUCAAAAAUCUGUCAUUAUUGCAAAAGUAUGUGGCUGAUUCAAACUUAUUUUUGAGAUCAUAUGAUAUAAAAAAAUGUAAUGAUAUUCUUCACAAUUUGAAUGAAAAAACUAAGGAACUUGAAGAUAACCUUCUACCUAAAAAAAGAUUUGGGUUCAGAAAUAAAUCAAAAUUAACAAAUAAAACUGAAGAAAACCCAUUACCAAGUAAAGAUGUAACAGAUUUUGCUGUUAAAUCUUCAAUACAACUGAAUGAUCAUAACUCUAUUGGAUUUUCAAAUAGAUCAAAUGAGGUGUUAUGUCUGAAGGAAUCUGAUAUUCACAAGAAAAAUAUUGAUGUGUCCAAUUCUUCGAAUUGCACUGUUAAAAUUUUAGGAUCACCUUCUACUUUACAUCUAAAUACUUUGAAAAGCUGUACUGUUCUGUGCGGACCAGUAUCUACAUCUAUAUUCGCUUCAAAUUGUGAAAAUUGCACUUUGGUAAUUGCUUGUCAGCAAUUUAGAUUACAUAGUUCUAAACAACUAAAAAUUUUUCUUCAUGUCACAAGCCGAGCUAUAAUAGAAGAUUGCAGUGAAAUCUACGUUGCUCCUUAUAAACUAAAAUAUGCAAAAAUUGAAGAACAUUUUAAAGAGUCAGGCCUGGAUAUUUCUUCAAAUAACUGGCAAAGUAUUGAUGACUUUAAUUGGUUAAAGGCCAAUGAACACUCCCCAAAUUGGAGUUUAAUGGAUGCAAAUGAUGCUGUAGAAUGGACUGCUUGAACUGGAUGAAGAAUUUAUCAAAUUAUCUUUCAAUAAUCAGAUUUACAUUUGAAUAUAUUGCAUUAUUUUGUUUAGUUUACACAAUCCUUGUUACAUGAAUUAGAUAAUUUUUACAUUGUUAUUGGUAUAGAAAUAAAAUAAUACUAACUAUA